AUGAAGACUUUUAAUCCUCUCUUGCAAUCGGGAUCAUACGUCAGUGAGUUGAGGAAGGUGAGGAGGUGUCUUAGAGAAGUGGCAGGUCAGAUAUCCUCGGUUUCGGUACCCUCAGACGACUUUCUCUUCAAUAGCGGGGUGCGAAAAUCUCUCCUAUUCGAAACUGAAGAUUUUACAACCUCACGGACCUACUUCUGGGCUCUUCAAUCCUUACGUCUUGUCAACGAGUGCAUUGCUUCGAUUAUCAGAAGUUGGGACAUGUACGACAAGGCAUCUUUUCUGGAUCUUCUCAAUACAGGCGAUAAUGGAAUAAGCCACACAUCUCCAAGUUCAGACGGCGAAGCGGCUGUGACUAGAACUGCGUCGGUAUCUUGCCUGGAUGAAAUUCAAAAACAAACGAAUCAGCUCGCCGGCAUGAUAGAAGACAACAACGCCAAGCAGGAGGAGAUUCGGGCAUUGCACGACGGUCUUUCCAAUGCCUCUUCAGUCCUUGAAACGCGUACCACUGUCGCACAAGGAAAAAACAUCCAUGUUCUCACGCUUAUCUCUAUGGUUUUCUUGCCUGCUAGCUUUGCAACAUCCAUAUUUGGCAUGCAGUCCAUUCUACCAUUAUCGACAAAUCUUACGACAUUCGCAAUUGUCAUGAUAUGUGUUUGCGGGCCAGCAUAUCUGAUUAUCUUAGUAUUGAGCGGAGGACUAAAAGGAGCCGAUGAUGUUUGGAAGAAGCCAGCAAAGUUUUGGGAUGGACGUGGCAAAGUUGAUGGAACGAAAUGGCUCGACAGGGCGAAGAUGGUGAUGAGGAAGAAAAGAAACGAAUCGAAGGAUAUCGAGAGGGGUUCAUGA